AGCUCAAAAAUCUUCUGUUUCUUAUUCGCCCAUGCUUUCUUUUUCCACAUGAUCGCCGCCAUUUCUCCACCGCUCCGAACCUCCACGCCGGGCGCCGGAAGGCUCCGUAUCCCGAAUCGCCAUUCGGUUCGCUUCUGUAGCUUGGGUUUUCCGCUGUGGACCCGGAAACUGAACUGGUUAUACCAUGAGCGGAUGCAGAUGUCGUGGGUUGGGAGCAUGAGCGGCGGUUGCUUCAAGAGCAUGGAGUCGCCUCCUAAAUCGGGAAUCAAAGUCGAAGAAGACAGUGGCGGACAAGACGUUUUCAACGCCGACGCCAUGGGCUCCAGGGUUUCGCCUGAACAUCUUGUCAUUAUGGUCAAUGGCCUCGCUGGAAGUGCUGCUGAUUGGAGAUUUGCUGCUGAACAGUUUGUGAAGAAGCUCCCAGACAAAGUAAUAGUGCAUCGCAGUCAAUGCAACUACUUAAAAUUGACAUUUGAUGGUGUUGAUAUGAUGGGUGAAAGGCUAGCUCAAGAGAUAUUAGGUGUUGUUGAACUUAGGCCAGAUGUACGGAAGAUAUCUUUCGUGGCUCACUCUUUAGGUGGUCUUGUUGCAAGAUAUGCUAUAGGGAGGCUCUAUGAGCAUUCUUCAAAGUUAGGUCAAUCAGGUCUUAAUGUGAACUCUUUAAAUUUAGGGGACACAAUUUCUUCAAUUCAAUACCUUGAGCAGCCUUGUGAAGACAGAAUUGCUGGACUGGAACCAAUGAAUUUUAUAACGUUUGCAAAACCACAUCUCGGUUCAAGGGGACAUAAACAGCUCCCGCUUCUUGGUGGUCUUCCUUUUCUCGAGGAAAGAGCAUCUCAGACUGCACACUUGGUUGUUGGAAGGUCUGGAAAGCAUCUAUUUCUCACUGACAAUGAUGAGGGAAAACCCCCUCUUCUUCUGAGGAUGGGAAUUGAGAUGGGAAGCUUUAGGGGAAUAACGGGAGGCUGCGGCAUGGCCACAAAGAUAUGUGACAUAUGUAAAUCGACCGCGGCGGCUAUUUUUUGCCGUGUCGAUUCGGCUUUUAUGUGCCUGAAUUGUGAUUCCAGGGUUCACUCCGGUACCAACAACCUCGGCUCUGCUGCUCGGCAUGAGCGGGUGUGGAUGUGCGAGGUGUGUGAGCAGGCGCCUGCUGCUGUUACUUGCAAGGCCGAUGCUGCUGCCCUUUGUGUCACUUGUGAUGCCGAUAUCCACUCCGCUAAUCCCCUGGCUCGUCGUCACGAGCGUGUCCCCGUCGAGCCUUUCUUCGACUCGACGGAUUCGAUCGUCAAGUCUUCCCCUUUUAGCUUCCUCGUCCCGACCGCCACGGAUCACGAUUGCUGCCAACAAGACGAUGUAGAAGCGGCGGGUUCGUGGUUGUUGCCGAAUCCGAAACAGGCAGUGGAAAGUAACGAAAUCAAAGCUGGUGGUGGUGAUUUGAUCUUCUCCGAAAUGGACCCCUUCAUCGAUUUCGAGAACCACAACAUGUUCCAAGUCCAACAUGAUCUUCAAAACGCAGCUAUGGACAGCGUUGUCCCGGUUCAGACCAAGCCAGUCAUCAACAAUGAAAAUUGUUUCGAAAUCGAAUUCUGUCGGUCCAAGCCUCCUACUUUCAGCUUCCAAACUCGGUCUCUAAGCCAUAGCGUUUCAUCAUCUUCACUCGAUGUGGGAGUAGUCCCAGACGGGAAUUCCAUGUCCGACAUGCCGUAUUCUUUCGGACGAACCAUGACAGACUCGAGCGGACCGAUGUCGGCAACCACGACGAGUAGCCAAGCAGGCGGGAUGGACCGAGAGGCUAGAGUUUUAAGGUACAGAGAGAAGAGAAAGAACAGGAAAUUCGAGAAAACAAUCCGAUACGCCUCACGAAAGGCGUAUGCCGAGUCGAGGCCGAGAAUCAAAGGCCGUUUCGCCAAAAGGACUCAAACGGACAACGACGUCGACAUCAUCUUUAACUCGGCUUUUACGGCUGCCGGUUUCAUCUCCGACACCCAAUAUGAUCUCGUCCCAUCCUUCUGAAAGUCGAAGAAGAUAAAAAAGGGGCUGCUUAUUUAGCUAUGGCCCUGUGAUAUUCAACAGUUAUUUUUAUCAUGCAACUAGAAUAACUCUACAAGUCCACUGAAGUUCAGCAGAAACAAGAUAUCCAGUAUUUUUAAUUCUGUUUUUAUGUAAAAACAGGUAAUGAAUCCAUGGAGUUUUUCUUCUUCUUCUGAAUUCCCAGAUUCAAAGAUGAUAAGCUGCAGACAGACGUUAACUGAUCAUCACUUUUACUUGGCUUUUCUCCAAGAUCCAUCUAUGAAUCUGUUUCUCAA